CGGCCGCGCCCCGCCGCCGACUCGAACUCCAACACGGGGAGCUUCGAGUCGUCCGAAGCCGGCGACGAGUACAUGAACUGCAUGCAGGCACCCGCCGCUCCAUGCAUCCCCCAGCAGCAGCAGCAGUACAUCAGUCAGACGGGCACGGUGGACAGCAGCAACUUCUUCUACGAGGACACCAUGCCCAACCAGCAGUUCCAGGGGCAAUGGAACGCCGCACCAGCCGCGCCGGUGCCGGAGCAGAAACUACAGAGCCCAUUGUCGACGGCCGCCUCCUUCCACCAGAACGACCACAGCCACGCCGUCGCCGCGAACGAUUUCUACAAGGUCGAGGGGUACUUGGAGGAGAUCGCGAGGAUGAUGGAGGUCACCGAUCCGACAGGGUUUUACGACUACAGAUCAUACGGUUGAUCGGCCGAGCUUCGCACGUCUUCAGAGUUGUUCAGGGUAGACAAGCAGAAUUCGCCGACACGCUAGAACAGAUGCUGUCGAGUGAGGAACUGACGUGCAGGGCCCGCACCACAGAGAGCUGAGGCCUAUAGUCAGCAGAGCUUUCUCUCUUUUGAUUUCUCUUCGAUCUGAUCUACUCCCUCCGAUUCAUAACAAGUGUCGCAGUUUUGAACUAAGAUUAGUUCAACCUUAGUUCAAAACUGCUACACUUAUUUUAGAUCGUAAGGAGUUAGUGUAUGAACCAUGUGUGCUUGUGAUACAUAGUAUGACUUGUGUGUGUAACAUAGUAAGAGUGACAUAUAAAUAUUUGCCCCAGGCAUUGUUUAAUUCAAUCAGCCAUGUGUGAUCAUUCUUGUACCUUGUUCUGGUCACUC